AUGUUCAAAUCGGGUCUAAUGUUGUUGUCAUCGAUGCCUCAAUUGAAUCGAUUGAGUGCUUACUUAAGAGCUGCCAAUCAAACCAUUUCUAACACACUCUACAUAUCCAUUGAACCAAAUCUGUUGUCCAACACUGAGGCCAACACCAGAUCCACUCAAGAGUUGGUCCGAUUGUUGCCACACAUAUACGCGGCGGCCAAUAGGAGCGCACCCUAUCUGGACGUAAGGGUUCUUCACCACUCCUAUUACCACAAACAACAACAACAUCUCAGCAGCGCUUCCAACGCCUCUUCGCCGCCACCACUGAAGCGAUUGUUUCAAUUCACACCACAAGUGGUUCUCAUCAAUGGCACCAAUUAUAGCGAAGAUAGUGUCCGAAAAUUUCUGAUCGAUGAGUUUGAUCUGAAGAUACAGCGAAUCGAAACGAUUCCCGAGAGCGACGCCGAGACUCAAGACUCGUGGCCGACGACGACAGCCGAUGGCAACGAUUCUGUGUAUGACUUCGUGUGUUUGGGCGGAACUUUCGAUAACCUCCAUAACGGACACAAAGUGCUCCUGAGUUCGGCUCAACUUCGAUGCAAUAACUGUCUGACAAUUGGUGUCACCGAUAAGUCAAUGAUCAAAAGCAAAACUCUUAGCGAACUCAUUGAUCCGUUUGACGUUCGCGUCGAUCACUUAAAUAAAUUUGUUAAAGAUAUCGACCCUUUCAUUAAAUACAAUAUCGUUGCCAUCAGUGAUCCAUUUGGACCCGCGAUCGUCGACUCGAGUCUUGAAUGCAUUGUCGUUAGUCUGGAGACACUUCGCGGCGGACAAAAGAUCAAUGAGAUUAGGAAUAAGGAUAACAUGAAACCAUUGGAUGUGAUAAAAAUUGAUUUAUUGAAUGAAUUAAACAAAGAAAGCGAUUUCGAAGAACAGAAGAUUAGUUCUUCGUCGCAAAGAAUGCGAAAAUUGGGAACCAUUUUAAGGGAACCGCAAGAGAGACCGAAUUUGCCCAAAACUCCUUACAUUAUAGGACUGACCGGUGGUAUAGCGAGUGGGAAGUCGUCGAUCGCCGACAAACUCGCGAGUCUGGGCGCCGGUGUAAUCCAUUGCGAUCUUAUGGCUCAUAAAACAUACGAAAGUCCAGAAUCUCCCGCUUAUAAUGAUAUUGUCCGACACUUUGGAGACAAAGUGUUGACCAAUUCAGUUAUCGAUAGACAAAAAUUGGGUAAAAUUGUCUUCGAGAACAAAGAAGAGCUCAAAGCGUUAAAUGCAAUAAUUUGGCCAAAAUUAGAGGCAAUAAUCAGAGAGAAGAUGAAUGAUAUGAAAGGCAAAUACGAUGUUAUAGUUCUGGAGAUCGCACUCCUAUUGGAGGCCAAAUGGGGCGAUAAAGUGCAUCAAAUUUGGGUCUCGAUUAUCGAUCAAAACCAAGCCAUCAAUCGAUUAGAAAAACGAAAUCAAUUGUCACGAGAAGAAGCGUUGAAUCGAAUCGAGUCUCAAAUGACAAACGAAGAGCGGGUCCGGGAGGCGAAUGUUGUGUUCGCCACUCUCUGGGACCCGGAGUUCACGUGGACUCAAGUGAAGAGGGCGUGGACUGGCCUUCAGCCCUAUCUACACAAAACACAAUAA